GUGGAGGGUUAAGCUCAGUUUUCUUUAUUUAGCCUUUAGAUGUCAGAAACACAGUCUUCUCUUCUCCUCAGAAAACAACUGGCUGAACUGAACAAGAACCCUGUUGAUGGGUUCUCAGCAGGCCUAAUUGAUGACAAUGACAUCUUCAAGUGGGAAGUUCUCAUCAUAGGCCCUCCAGACACGCUCUUCGAGGGUGGCUUCUUCAAGGCUCACCUUUACUUCCCGAAGGAAUAUCCCCAUCGGCCUCCAAAGAUGAAGUUCAUCACUGAGGUGUGGCAUCCUAACAUCGAGAAGAACGGUGACGUGUGCAUCUCGAUCCUGCACGAGCCCGGCGACGACACCUACGGCUACGAGAAGGCGUCGGAGCGAUGGCUGCCCGUGCACACGGUGGAGACGAUUCUCAUCUCGGUGAUCUCCAUGCUGGCCGACCCCAACGACGAAAGCCCGGCCAACGUGGACGCCGCCGUGAGUGUUGCCGUCCCGUGACCUGCGGUCGAGCGCGGUUGCAGCUGAGGUCAGG